GAUAAUUGUUGUUAGUUGGUGAAUGAAUUCUCGGAAGUAGUGAACGUUCAAGUUUUGUAUCACUCGGUUGUCGCUCGGCAAGGCAGCAACGUCCUCCAACGCAGAUCCCCACUUUUCGUUCGCGGCUCAGCUUAUAGUAUUCAUCAAAUCGUCACAGAGCGUCGGUGCGAUCGGUUGUCGUUUCUGUGUUAAAUAUAUUUCGUUCAAUUUAAUCCACAUUUCGUCUACGACUUUAGUUUAACUAAAAACAGAAACUAUAUUGUCUUUGGCUUUUCGGUAAUGUGAAAGUGUCCUGUGUCCCAACACUACACUUUUGCCAUAAAAUUUUGUAUGUCUGCCACGGACGCAGAUGGAUUUGGAUAUUGUGUUGUGUAGAAAAAGACUUAGUGAGUUCUUACCUAACUUGGAUUGGAUUUAACGCAGUGAAUACAGUUUAUAUGGUGUUCUAAGCAACAGUGAUAAAAUACAAUGUUGUAUAUUCGUUAUUGAAUAAGGUUUUGCGUUGCUGUUUUUGGUGAAUCAACCAAACCGUGGCCUCCGGAGACGAGGCGGGUGGUACACGUAAAAGUCCACCGAAAAGUGAACGCCAAAUGUGCUUGAUAGAGCGACGGGAAACAAAGCUGUCUCCUCUAAACAUGACUAUAGCAACGAGAGUACCUUUACCAACGCAAAAUGCGUGUAUGGAAGUGGGUGUACCGCUCAACAACUGGUCUUCAGGUGUCGCUUGCUGCCCAAACUGCAGGCAUGAGUUGAGAGUAUCGUUGGCAUGUGCAAAGGCGCAUAAUCAGUCUAUGACCCCGGCAACACCCCCAUUCACCAUCCAGCCCACAUACUUGCCACAAUCACCAUAUGCAUCCCCUCCAUCACCUUUAAUACCGUCUCCUUAUAAUGACGAACUGAGGAGGUUAGCAGAUACACUUAGAGCAUUGAGGCUAUCCGGGUGGUACUAUGGAAAUUUGGAUUGGCAGGGUGCUCGGAGUUUACUCAAAGAUGCAAGUAUGGGAGCCUUUGUGAUCAGAGACUCUGGUGACAGGAACUUCAUAUUCUCACUGUCAGUGCAGACAGACAAGGGACCAACAUCUGUCAGAUUACAUUACGAGCAGGGCUUCUUUAGGUUUGACUGCGACAGGCCGCUCGCAAGGUACAUGCCGCGCUUUCGUUGCGUGGUAGAGUUGGUACAACACUACACCCGAGUGGGUGAACGAGGGCCAGCUGGCACGGUGUGGGUCGACCGGGAAGGUUGCCCACACUCCCCAGUCCUCCUCAAAACCCCGCUAAGGAAAUCUCCGCCUACCCUCCUACACACAGCUCGUCUCGCAGUCCAUAAAGCUUUGGACUCGAACCCUUUGACUCCGAAACUCUGGUGCGCCCCUAAACACAGGUUACUGCCUUUACCCUCAACUCUUAUAGACUAUCUUGGGGAGUACCCGUACUCGAUCUAACAUUAAGAUCUGUAUUUUAGUUGUUAAUGUAGACCAAACGUGUCUUGGAACCUAUAUUUGACGUAAGAAUUCUAGGGAGACAGGAGACAGAAAUGCAUUUAAAUUACGCAUAAUAUAGUUUCUAAAUGCCGCGUUGGCAAAGUUGCAAGCAUGUUUUAAUAAGGAUCAUGACUUAUGAGGUACCGGAUUCGAUUCUUGGGUCGUGCCAAAGGUUUUGUCAAGAUCAAGUCAUUCGCAGGGGUCGGAUCCGGCAGAGGUUUUAAGUUAGCGUUAGCCUUACCCGUGCCUCGCUGAGCAUGUUACGUCGUUGACCCCGGUUAUUAUCACAAACCUGUGGUCGUUAAAUCGACAACCUGCAUUUGGUUCCAAGCGUAACCAAAGCGUUUUUUUAACAGUAAAAACACUUCAAUUUAACAAGUACGGUAAAUUUACUGUAUUGUGCAAUUAAAGCUUCAGUGUCUGUCAAGACAGUACAGUCUGUCAGUUUAUCUGUCAUCCCUGUCAUACCUCCGCCAAAAUAGGUGUAAAAGACGCAUAGUGAAGAUAUUAGGGUAUUAGGUAAAAUAUUUAGCCUUCUAUGUAACCAAUUUAGGUAUGGAAUUGCAUUCGAAAAUACAAAAAUUUUAAGGCUGGGCAUGGUAUCUCACUAACUAGGGUGCUUCCACACUUUUUCGGAUUAGCUCGUUGCGUGAAAGAUUCCUAAUUUGAUUAAGUCAGAGCGUCAGUAUUUAAUAUAAGAAUUUCUAAAGUUGCUCAGGUCUAGCUGGCUUCAGCCAUAAUUCAUUGAUUACCCUUCCUAUAACGGAACUCCACGCCAUCGGCAAGCGAUUUAACGUUCCGCUGAAAUGUCGUAUAAAACGAUUAAUGCAUUAGAUUUAUUUAACUGCUAUACAUUUCAGAGUAGCGAGUUUUCAUCAUUUCACUUAACUGCAUUGUCAUUUUCCUUUGAGAUUGCAGUUAGACUAUCGCUUAUUGACUACAAUAAUAUAAAAAGUAUUUUAUUAUAAAAAGUCAUGUGCGGCGUGAUCUAAUUAUCCGAACCGAAAAUGUGUGAAGGCACCCUGACUGUGUGACUGUACAAAUAUAUUAUGUACUUUAUAUUAUAAAACUAGUACCGGAUGCUAGUAUACAAAGGGCAGGAUCCUUUUUAAGUUACUAACAAUCAUUUAAUUCGUAAUAGUUAAAUUAUAACCACUGUAUUAUUUGUAAGUAUUGAAUAUGGGACUCAACUAAAUGGUAUUUAGUAAAAUGUUAAAAAACUUAACGUAUGGUUAAAUGUGAACACACUGUCUGUAUAUAUAGAAAACGGAUGUCUAAUGGAAUGUAAUUCUAUAGAGCGCUUAAUGAAACCAACAUAAACAAAUAAAUAAAUUAGAAAAUGUUUUAAUCCAUUGUUGUUAUAAGUAUCAAGAGGUAGAAAAAUGGGUUUGAAAACUUGUGCAAUGGUUUUUCAAGCACCAAUGUUCGAUUUAUGGCUUUGAUUUUUUUUUUAAUUUGCUCUGUUUUACGGCAAAAGUUGACCUACAAUAUUUAAUGCUUUAAAAGUUGGAAUUGCAUCACUUGAUAACACGUGUCAUAGCGUGAUUUUCCCAUUCAUUAAUAAUAAUUUUCCUUGUGUCGUAAGAGGUUGUAGCCGCGGUUAGUUAGAUAGUCCGGCUCGCAAAUACGUACCGCUUAGUGAUUAAGCGUUCCGGUACUAAAGUAACAGAUUAGGAUUAUGGUCCGAGAAUCGGGCAUUCAACUUCCAUCUAAGUCUGCAUUGCCAAUUGCUCAGUAGAGCCCUACUUGAAGAUAAGGGCUAAGCUUAGAGUAGUAUAACGAAAAUUAUUCAAAAUUUAAAAAAAUGCAAAAUUUAUUUAUUUCAAGUAGGCCUAAUUAAUAAGCACU